UAUGAAAAUAAUUAAAUUGUAUUUAAGCGAAAAAACACUUGAAUAGUAACAUAUCAGUCAGAUAGCAGCCGUUUGGCGCACAUUUCAAUUUUGACUAAAAUUGAAUAUUUCACUUUUUGAUUUUUGAAGACAUUAAUUUGUCGCUUGGGAGCAACCAUUUUAUUAAACAAAAAAACAUUGUUUACCAGUUGGACCGUUUUAUAUAAAACGUGAAUAAGCACGUUUGAGCCAUUAGCUUCAAUGAUACUGUGGUAUCGAUUUUGUUAAUUACGGGGAAAAUACAUAUUCACAAAUAGUUUCUAAAAAUGCUUUCGCCGGACACGUUGCACCACGAAGAAGUCAAUCUGGCGCUGGACAGACAGGUGCGCCAAGACAUACAAGAUAUGGCACAGGAGGCGCAAAUUCAAGCACAAAUUAUAGAGCACGAAGCGCGCGAUCGUUUUCAAUCCACAUCAAGCGUUGAGGAAGAUGGGCAUGAGGAUAUUGACCACGACGGCGUUACAGUGCUGGGUGUCGUUGAGGCGGAUGAUGAUGACGAUGGCGAUCAUCAUGAAACCAUUGUUGAAGAAGACUUGACCGAACAUGAUUUGUCCGAUAUGCAAGAUGUUAAAGAUUUCAAGGACAUACUAAUGGAGUCCAGUGACGCCAAUGCGGACACUUCAUCAAUGCGUAAGCGACGUGGCAAUUUGCCGAAACAAUCAGUGAAGAUUUUGAAACGUUGGUUGUAUGAACAUCGUUACAAUGCAUAUCCAAGUGAUGCAGAAAAGUUUACGCUCUCACAAGAGGCGGAUUUAACUGUGCUACAGGUUUGUAAUUGGUUCAUUAACGCACGCCGACGUAUACUGCCCGAAAUGAUACGCCGAGAAGGCAAUGAUCCGUUGCAUUUUACGAUUUCAAGACGUGGCAAAAAACUCAACACAUCUAUAAACUCAUCAAACAGUCUUAGUACGUCUGGUAUUGUACCAAAUCCUAUUACUGGCAGUCCAGCUUCGGAAGUGAUCGUUGGCGCCACAGAGGAAGUGGAAGGCGAUGAGGUACAUGAUGGUGUGGCAAAUGUGCUUACAGCCUUAGGUCAUUUUGUGCAAACGCCAGGCGGCCACAUGGUUAAAGUCGAGCCGGAUAUGGAUUACGAUGAUAGCGUAAUUUACAGAUCUGAGGAUGAUAGUGUAAACGAAUAUGAUUCAUGCGAGCCACAGAGUGAAGAGGAGGGCAAAUUCGAAAGCUCAGACGCUUGGCAAAGUGUUAUGAAGACUGUUUUCAGUACCGAGGAAGUAACGACCUCUAGUCCAACAGCAACGAAUAACACCUACUGGACGACAGCAUCGCAUCCGCAUACGACGACAGCGCAGUCGCAUGUGAUAGGCGCGACCACCGGAUCGACCACAACGGGUGCUAUUGGCAACAAUGUGAUAGCUGCUGCUAAUGUGAACGCGCUGGUGACACCCGUUGAAUUGACAGCUGAAGCUGGUGUUACAGUUGGUGCCGAAGCCACGGUGGUAACGUCGGGAGCCUCGAAUUUGGUCAAUAAUAACAAUAAUAGUGCGAGCGCCACCAAUAACAAUGCGAUUACGUCAUCUGUACAAGUCAUACAUCCUGGUAGUCAUUUGGUGAAAGGCGUUAUACGUGACGAUAAAGAUAAAUUCAAAUGUCUGUACCUGCUGGUGGAGACGGCAGUUGCCGUACGCCAACGUGAAAAGGAACACGAAGAUGAGGAUGUGCAUGUGCUAGGCAAUUAAUAGAAACUGAAAAUUAAAUCAAUUCUUACAGACACAUGCAAAUUUGCUUGCAUGGAGCUUAAAAAGUGGAGAAAUUAGUUUUGAAGCUGCGCUAGAAUACGCAAAAUAUUGAUUGCUCGCUUAAUAUGGGAGAAAACUCUGAACUUUUGAUCAUUUCUUAAUAAUGACGUGUGUGUGUAACAAGUGCUAGUAGUUUAUUUUAGUUACUAAAAACAAUUUUUCAUACCUAUGCCUUAAACCAAGGCGGUGGUGGUGACACUAGACCAACAACAAUGUUUUGUACGUUUGCUUGUCACGGCAAAGUAUUGGAAAAGUAGAUGAACAAAAAAUUAAUACGCCUUGUUUUAUGCUGUGCUGACAGCCAUAGGGAGACGGCGAAAGAACAAAAGAAAAAAAGAAACAAAUCAGCUGAUGUUCCAACACCACCUUUAAUAGAGUUUCGCCUUGCCUUAAAUGCGCCGAAUGCGGUGAAUAUGCAACACUUCUUUAACUUUAAAACUUUCAAUCUUCAAUUAUCCAAAUAGUUAUUUCAUCUUCAUUUAGACUCAAAAAUGCAUUAAUUGUUAAAUGUUCAACAUGAAUUCUAUUAAAUGCGUAUUAUAAUAUUUUUAACUGAAAAAAUUAAUAUCUGUGUUUUGCGCUAGGGUUUUUGUAGGUAAUCAUAUAUAUAUAGAAAUUUGCGAGUUUUGAUGGAAAGUUCCAAGUGAAAGAUUGCUAGCUUAUAAAAACUCGCUGUUUUUUUUUUGUGACUAAAAUACGAAAAGCCAAAUUAAGGCGUUUUCAAUCUUUUUUUUCAAAAUAAUGGAUUCAACUUAACAGUUACAAUGUGCGGAGUAUCGUUGCCUUGAGAAAACCUGCGCUUGAAACGUUUCGUAUGCAAAAGAGAAUAUCACUUACUGUUACAACAAUAACAACAACAAUCACUUAUUAUAAAGAAGAGCCUUUUGAAAAACAAACAAACAAACAAAAACCGUAGGCAGUUAAAAGAAUUGCGACAAUGCUGCCCAGUGCGCACUGAGUAGUUAAGGGGGAGCCUGGUUUAUGAGGUCUAAAAAUUGCAUCUAUUUGCGAUUUUUUUUAAGGAAAAAAUUAAUUUAGCACUGCAAAGUUUUUUCUAUCUUUUAAUGAACAUUUAAAAAGUAUAAAAAAUUUUUGUACUGGUUAAAAUGAGUUGAAAAAAAUGUUUAACAUAGAAAUUAGUAGAGCGCUGCAACGCUGGAGCUUCCAACUGGCGUACAAGAUACAGCUCGUAAUUAUUAUCUAAAGCAAAAAAUUCAAAUGGAUUUCUAAUUAUCAUGAUUUUUUAUUCUAGAUGAACUAAGAAAACUGAGAGAAAUUCCAAAAUUUCAACUUUUUGGAGGUUUUAAAGAAAAAAAUGCCUUUCUAUAAAAAAAAUUCACUUCAACUUGGUAUAAAAAUCUUGAAAAAAUUUUUUUUUAUCUAUGUUGUUAGUUCAAAUAGAAGAGAAUUUAAUACUGAAGGGAACAAGCUAUGAUUCAUUUCAAAAGGUUCAUUAGUUUUUUUUCAUUCAUGUACGCCAAUUCAAAGAAAUCAUAAAAAUGAAAAGUCGAGAAAAGAAGAUAAAGUUUUUACUAGAGCUGUCCGGUCACAGCGUAACUACCUAACGCUCGCCUACCUUUGGCUUUGUAUCUACGGAUAUAUUGAGAGUUAGGCUCUGUAACUUUGUGUGAAUAUUCUGAAAUAUAUUAGAAAUCGCUUAAAACGAAAAAAAAUGAUUUUUUUGACCUUAUAAACCAGGCUCGCUCCUUAAAUAUGAUUUGAGUUUGUCAUUAAUAAGUUUUCAAAUCUCUUGAAGUAACAGUACAUAAAAAUGUUGAUCUGCACGUGCCCUAAAAUAUUCCCUAAAUACAUUUCAUACGUAUUGCGCGCGCUUGCCACUUGAACUUUCUAAAUAAUCAAUUCAAUCGUGGAUUUUCAAUAAAUCUCUAUAAAGAAUUUGUGUUUCAAAAGCAAUUAGACUCAAUGCGCUGCCAAAAGUAGCCUAUGAGUUGAAAAAAAUUUUUGAAACGUUUGCUGCCGCUGUGUUGUGGCUUCAAAAAUCUCAGAAAUUUUGCAAACAAUUUAAAUAACCAAAAUAAACGUGUAAAAACUGCGUGACUGCGGCAACUGCAAUUGCGAAAAAGUUUUUAUACGCUUUUCAUAUUAAGUUUUAACAUUUUAGCAUAAAAUAUACGACAUAACAUAAAUAAACGGCCAAUUUUUCCCCAUUUACCGUUUUUUCAAAAAUUCAUUUUAAAACAAACGCCUUCUUCUAAAAUGAAAUAUAUGCAAAUUACAAAUUAAACCAAGAACAAAAAAAAAUAAAUAAUAAAAGUAAUAAUAAGAACACCUACACACAUAAAAGUAUAAUAUUCAAGAAAUUUUACUUACAAAUUAGUUUGAUAAGAAAUUUAUUUAAGCGCAUACAUUUGUAAAAUAAAUUAAAUGCCGGCUAACUUAGCGCAGUUACAAAAACAAAAACUGCACUUGUUUAAAUAAAAUAUAUAUAUAUUUAAAAAAAAUAUAUAUAUAAAAAUAUAUAUGCAUAAUUCUAGUGCGUUUCGUAAAUAAAAAAUAAGGAAAUAAUAACUUUUUGUACUGUACCAACCAACAACUAAGCAACUAAGCGUAGUUAUUAAGGCUUCUUUGAUUGCUAAUUUUCGAUUCAAUCAACUUUCAGUUCUAUGUCAUAGAUAUAGAGAUACAUUUUUCUACAAUUCUUUAUUUCGAUUUGUGUGCAUGAUGACGUCCAUUAGUGGAAAAAUUUAAUUUCGCAUUGCAAAACCUGCUAUUGAAAUUUAGCAAUCAAACUAUAAAUUUAUUACCUAAAAUUAAUUUAAAAAAUAUGAUACAAAAAUAAAUAUCCAAAAUUGUUAAUCAUAAAAUCAAUGCAUAUAUACAAAAAACAACAAAAAAAUCGAAAUUGAGAAUUGAAAUAAAAUUUUAAAAGAAAAUACAA